CACUCAAAAUUCCAAAAUACGUUUAUGUUUGCGCGAAUCAUUUUUUGACUGACUGUUUUGAGAACGAGGGUCAAUUCAAAGCAGGUCUUGCUUCAAAGUUAAUCCUCAAGUCUGGAUCGUUGCCUACUGUUCGCGAUGCAACGUCACCUUCAGAAGAAGUAAGUGUAUUUCAUGUUUUUUUUAGAAAAUGUCGAUGUCAGCCAGUUCAAUAACAAAUGCGUCUAAAGUUGUUGUCGUCGUCGUAGAAAAUCUGACUGUGUAUAUAAUGUAAACCUUGUUUGUAAAGUGUGUAUCCACACGUAUAUAAUUUUUUAAAGAUAUUGUAUUAAAAACCGUGUAUGUUUUCUGUAAAGACAAGACAUCAAAAUUGCUAUGUUUAUACAAAGGCCAGCACAUCUACACGAAGCUGUAGAACGAGGGAUAUUGGCGUGCAGACAGAAACAUCAAAGCUAUGCAGUGUUGGUACACAACUGUCAAUGAGGACGCUUCAAACACACCACAGGAGUGUCUGUGUCCAGACAGAGACAACAUUGUCAAGUUUUGAUGUUAGCACAAAAUUAGUUUCUCAUACAGCUGUUGCGUCUUCCACGCCCCUCAAGACUUCAUCAAAAAGACCUUGUCUGGACCUUGAGGAAGAUGAAGAUAUCCUGCAGGAAUGCUCUUCAAUACUAACAUCACAAGAGACUGAUGUCACAUUUAAUCCUGCAGAGGCAGACACAUCAAUAACAGAGCCAAAAGACUUGUCUGGUGCUUCAUUUUUCAAAAUUGAAAAGAUAUUUGCAGCUAUGAAGUUACAUCUUUUCAAGUACGACACCUUUCGUCUUCAUGCACGAAUGUGCAUUGAGCCUGCUAUUGUUUACAAAUGGAGAAACUGGCAGGAUGAGAUGCUACAGCUGUUGGCUCAAAGGGAAAAGGUCAUUGUUGGAGGAGAUAUGAGGGCUGACUCACCAGGGCACUCUGCCAAAUAUGGCAGUUACACAAUGAUGGACCUGGAGACAAACACCGUUGUUGAUGUACAACUCGUCCAGAGUAAUGAAGUGGGAGGAAGUUACCACAUGGAAAAGGAAGGUUUGAAGAGAGGUCUUGACUUUUUGGAUGCUCAUGGAGUGACUCUGGACUGCAUUGUGACUGACCGACAUCCGCAAAUACAAAAAUUCCUCAGGGAACGCAAUGUCAACCAAUUCUAUGAUGUCUGGCACAUAGAGAAAGGAAUUUCAAAGCAGCUGGAAAAAGUGUGCAAGCUAAAGGGUUGUGAGAAAAUACGUAAAUGGUUGCAUAGUAUAAAAAACCACAUCUAUUGGACUGCUGCAUCAUCAAGCAGUGGACCUGAAAGAGUGGCUAAAUGGAUGUCUAUGCUAAACCACAUGCAAAAUAAGCACACACAUGAAGACAGCAAUUUUCCAGCAUGUCUACAUGGAACAAGGAGAAGUCGAGACACAAAAAAGUGGCUAGCUGCUGGAACACUGCCAUAUCUCAAGUUGGAGAAAGUUCUCUCCAACAAGAGAAUUGUGAAGGAUGUUGCCAAGCUAAGUCCACACUAUCAGACUUCUUCUAUCGAGGUUUUCCACAGUGUAAUACUACGGUUUACACCCAAAAAUGUGGUUUUUCCAUUUCUGGGAAUGUUGUGCAGACUAUACCUGGCUGCACUACAUUACAAUGAGAAUGCCGGGCGUACUCAAGCUACGACAGCAGCUGGUCGACCGGUGUUCAAAGUGACCUUUCCAAAGGCCAAGAAGGGAGAAUACCGGGUCAGAGAAGUAAAGACACAAGCAACAUUCAAAUAUGUGGAUGACCUGCUGGACCUCAUAUUUGAUAAAGUCUUUGUGGAUCCUGCACCAUAUGUGGAUGAUGUUUUGAGGAUACCAAUACCACCAGCAUUGUGCGCAGAGUAUGACCGGCCAGAGAAGGAGGAGGCCAUCUCUAGUAGGGUAUCUCUGUUUAAUCAAUAGGUGGUCGAAAACCUACAUAACUACCCUGGGCAUCAGGAAACUCUCUUCGAAUCCUCAGGACCACACAGGAUGGAAUCACAACUCGAACUUUUCGUCCAAGAAAACCCCAGCACCAGCUCACAAAACUCCGAUAAGCUAAAAAUCUGUAACGACUAAGGCACACACACACAUAGCCACGUUCUCAAAACAGGGUUCAAGGAUUUUUCUGUGUUUUUUUUUCUUUCAAAUAUCUAUCAUUUGUUGUCUGGAGUUGAAAUAUUUGAUAUUUAAUUGAUCAUGGUUCAAUUUUUUUUUGGAGGAAUGUCCUUUUAUUAAAAUUAUUUAAUUUCUAAACUUAUUUGUACAGUUCAGUGUCUUUAUACAUAAUGUAAAUAAAAAAAUGUAUAUGCAA